ACCAGAGGGAAUUUCCCUAACAACCCAAAAUCUGUUCAACUUUUCAAAAUCAACCCGCGCGCGCCCUCAAGCAUUCAAAAAAUGGUCCGCCAGUGCGCCGUCCGGGGCUGCACGAGCAACGACCAGGUGACGCUGUGCCAUCGGUUUCCGAAGCGGAAGGAAUUUAUGGAAAAGUGGCGCCGCGCGCUCGCCCUCGACGGCAGCGACCCGUCGGAACUGUUCAACCGGUUCGUGGUUUGCACGUUGCACUUCCAGCCGAAUGAUUAUCGGAACGCGGCCUCGCGGAUGCUGAAUCUGGUGGCGGUUCCGACGGUGAAUGUGAUCCCGAAGGGGGAAUUUUACGAUGCGCCGAGUAUGGUGGCGAAGCAGGAAAAGAAGGAAUCGGGGCGGGUUCCGGAGGGGACCUUGAUUGAAGUGCUGGAGGUGCAAGAGGCGGAACCGGAGGGCAGGACCACCGUUGAAAGCGUUGAGCCCGUGGACGACACGUUUGAGGUGCUUUACAUCGAGGAGGAGGUUAAGACUGGGGACGAUUCGGAGAUAGAUUCUAUGCAAGUAGAAGUUCUUGAAGAAUGUCCAGUUGAGGCGCUGGAACCGCCGGCUAAACGGAAAUGUGUCCAGGAAGAACCACGAUUGGAGCCAAGCCAGUGUGAGGUCACCCGGCAAGACGUGCAAGUUCAAACGGAAGAGGACGACGCUGAGCAACGGUUGAUGGCCGAGCGGUACCCAGAAUAUUCCGAGUUAGGCAGACUGGAGUUGGCAAAAGAAUUGCGGGAGGCCACCGAGCAGUUGGCGGAUGUGAAAAAGAAACUGGCCCACAUUGAGGCCGCCCAUGCCGUGGUGCGGGAGGCGUUCAAGUCGAUUAUGAGCUAGUUUUAAUGUUUAAUUU